GCCAUUGUCAUGAACCGGCACGUGGGAUACGUGGAGAAUUAAAAGCUGUCGCACUCAUCCCUUCACAUCCUCCCUCCCUCCCUUUCCUUGGCUUCCUUCCUUGCCCACACUGCCCCCCCACCUCUCCCACCUCUGUCCCUGCACUCGCCAGUGGGUACGACAUUGAGGACGCCAUUGUCAUGAACCGGCACGUGGGAUACGUGGAGAAUUAAAAGCUGUCGCACUCAUCCCUUCACAUCCUCCCUCCCUCCCUUUCCUUGGCUUCCUUCCUUGCCCACACUGCCCCCCCACCUCUCCCACCUCUGUCCCUGCACUCGCCAGGUGGGGUACGACAAGCUCGGGGCAGGGCAGAACGCGUCGAUCGCGGUGAUGAGCUACAGCGGGUACGACAUUGAGGACGCCAUCGUCAUGAACCGCAGCUCACUGGACCGCGGCUUCGGCCGCUGCAUCGUCAUCAGGCGGUACGCCACCAACAUCAAGAAGUACGCCAACCGCACGUCGGACCGCAUCGUGGGGCCCACCCUCGUACCUGCAGGGCGGGGCGGGGCGGGCAUGGUGGUGCAGCCGCGCUGCCAGCUGCAGGACCACGAUGGCAUCGCUGCCCCCGGGGAGUUCAUUCGCCCAGGCGACAUCUACGUGAACAAGCAGAGCCCGUCCAACACGAGGGACGCUAUCAUCAACCCCAUGGCGCUGCCUGACACGUUCUACAAGCCAACCCCAUCAACGUACAAGGGCCCCCCGGGCGAGACGGCGGUGGUGGAUAAGGUGCUGCUGACGAGCAACGAGGAGAACCACUUCGUCAUCAAGUGCCUCGUCCGACACACAAGGCGCCCAGAGCUGGGUGACAAGUUCAGCAGUCGGCACGGGCAGAAGGGCGUGUGCGGCAUCAUCCUACCGCAGGAAGACUUUCCUUUCACAGAGAAGGGCGUCUGCCCAGAUCUUAUUAUGAACCCCCACGGUUUCCCAAGUCGCAUGACUGUGGGCAAGAUGAUUGAGCUGAUCGGCUCCAAGGCAGGGGUGCUGUCCGGCAAGUUCCACUACGGCAGUGCGUUUGGUGAGCCCAGUGGACACGCGCACACCGUGGAUGCCAUCAGCUCAACGCUCAUCUCACAUGGCUUCAGCUACUGCGGGAAGGACAUCCUGUAUUCGGGCCUGUCAGGCGAGCCCCUCCAAGCCUACAUCUACGCAGGGCCUGUGUACUAUCAGAAGCUGAAGCACAUGGUGAUGGACAAGAUGCAUGCUCGAGCCAGGGGUCCAAGAGUGGUUCUCACACGGCAACCCACAGAGGGGAGGAGUAGAGAUGGAGGGCUGCGGCUGGGCGAGAUGGAGCGCGACUGUCUGAUAGCGUACGGCGCCAGCAUGCUCAUCCUGGAGCGGCUCAUGAUCUCCAGCGACCAGUUCCAAAUACAGGUGUGCACCAAGUGCGGCCUGCUGGGCUACUUCCACCAGAAGCUGCGGGUGCCCAUGUGCUCGCUGUGCCGCACGGGCGAGCACGUGGCUGAGCUGCGCCUGCCGUACGCAUGCAAGCUGCUGUUCCAGGAGAUGACGGCCAUGAACAUCGUGCCUCGGCUGCAGCUCACAGAGGCUUGAGAGGGGUAAGGGGUGAGAGGUCUGGAAGGCGUGUGUCUGUGCGUGGGGCAUGCAAGCUGCUGUCCCAGGAGAUGACUGCCCUGAAUGGGAUCGUGAGCCACACUUGCAGCUGACGGAGGCUUGUGAGCCAGCUCGGUGGAUGGAAUGGAAGGGACUGCUGAGCACAAGGGAUGGUAUGGUGGUUUCAGGGUGCAUGGGAGGGGAGGGGAGGGGAGUACUACCAGGGCAUAUGAUGUGCAAUGGUCUGCAAAGAGGCCUCGUAGAGUAGACAGGUUAGAUGGGUGCACUAGGGUAGGGGGGAUGUGGAGCUAGGGUAUACAGCACCGGCAUAAAGUGUACAUAUGAGCUAUUCUGGAUAGUGGCUUAGUGGCUUUUCUGGUUAGUAGUGGUGGUGUAAGAAUGUGACCAUUA